AUGGACCCCGCGCAAGGAUCAACGGGUAGCACGGGAAUUGGUCAGAGCGACAAGAGCAAAUCCAACCACCAUCCAGCCGUUGUUCUUCCCCCAAUUACGCCUGCCAUCACCUCGUCCGCUUUGAUGGUGCAAUUAUCAUGGCUAACUUCUACUAAUGCAUACUCAGUUGGUGUUGCUUCACAGAUCAUCAUGUUGAAUAUCACCCCAAUCGCCAAAGGUAUGGAAGCCAAGGCAAAUGCAGUUGUCUUCUAA